CGCCCUCGAUCGUCCCGCCGCCCGCGAUGGUGGCAGCCUGGCGUGGAGGGGGAAGCUGCUGGCGGGGCUCGCUGCUGCCGCUGCCGGGCGCCGCGGGGCUGAGGCUGCUGCUGCUCCUGCUCCUGGGCGCCGCUUCCCCGCCGCCGCCGGGGGCUCACGGCCGGCGCCUGAUCUGUUGGCAGGCGAUGCUGCAGUGCCAGGAGGAGGCCGACUGCGGCUAUGCGUACAGCCAGUACGCCGAGGCGUGCGCGCCGGUGCUCAUGGCCGCGGGGGACGGCUCUGCGGCGGCGGCGUCCUCCUUCUCCUCCUCCAAUAGGCGGCGAUGCCCGAGCCAUUGCAUCUCGGCGCUCAUCCAGCUCAACCACACCAGGCGGGGCCCGGCGCUGGAGGACUGCGAUUGCGACCAGGAUGAGAACUGCCGGGCCACCAAGCGCGCCAUCGAGCCGUGCUUGCCUCGGACCAGCGGCGGCGGCGGCGGCGGCGGCGCUGGGGGCGGAGGCGGAGGUGGGGCGGCGGGCGGCGUGAUCGGCUGCACGGAGGCGCGGCGGCGUUGCGACUGGGACAACCGGUGCAGCGUGGCGCUGAGCCGCUACAUGACUUACUGCGGGAAGCUCUUCAACGGGGUGCGCUGCACCGACGAGUGCCGCGCCGUCAUCGAGGACAUGCUGGCCGUGCCCAAGGCGAUGCUGCUCAAUGACUGCGUGUGCGACGGCCUCGAGCGGCCCAUCUGCGAGUCGGUCAAGGAGAACAUGGCCCGCCUCUGCUUCGGAGCCGACGUCGUCGGCCCCGGCAGCAGCGGCGCCUCCGACGGGGCCAUCGACGACUACUACGACGAGGAAUAUGAAGACGAGCCCAGCCAGCGGGGCAGAGACGAGCUUGAAGACGUGGCGUCUGUGGCCGAGGCGGUUUUCCCCAGGAAGCUCGGCGACGGCUGCUCGGCCUGUGCUGCUGCACCCUGGACGCUUCUCUCGGCCGCCUCCAUUUUGCUGCUGCUGCUGCUCUCGUAGCCAUUUCCCACUCAGCAGUCGCUCUUCAGGGGCACU